AUGCGCCUCUCAGUUGGACUAACAAGACUGGCAACCUUCGCCACUAUAUGGCCAGGAAUAGUCGGUGCUCAGUCUGACUCCCACGAUGAUAACUGGGAUGUAGACCCAGAGAAUAUCAUCACUCGCGACGUCUGCGUCCUCGGCGGCGGCGCUUCCGGUACAUACGCCGCCAUCCGCCUACGAGAGCUAGGCCAGAGCGUCGCUCUCGUCGAGAAGCAGGACCACCUAGGCGGGCAUACAAGAACAUACCACGACCCAGGCACAGGCACGACAAUUGACUAUGGCGUGUGGGUGUACGAGAACAACACCGAAGCGACAAACUUCUUCGGCCGUUUCAACAUCUCCCUGACAGUCCAGGAUUUCUCACGGAUCACCCAGGCGAGUCAGAGAUACGAUCUUCGCACGGGGGAAGCCGUCCCACCACCUGCUGGGAAUGCCACGGAUGCCAUGGUCCGUUAUGCCGAGCAGCUGUUGAAGUAUCCUUAUCUUUCAAAUGGAUGGGAUCUUCCUGACCCCGUCCCAGCAGAUCUCCUGCUUUCGUUCCGUGACUUUGUCGCGAAGUACGAGCUCGGGGCUGCGGUGGAGAUACUCACCCUCUAUGCGCAGGGGCUGAGGGGGGACAUCCUAGACUAUCCCGUGGUGUAUAUUAUGAAGUACUUUAGUCUGGGUGUGCUCAGUGGCGUACAGAACGGGUUCUUGACGACCGCAAACCACGACAAUCAGGAGCUGUACGCAGCCGCACAGGCGGAGCUUGAAGAGGACGUCCUGCUAAACAGCACAGUCAUUAGAAUUCGGCGAGAAGAAGAAGUUGUUGAUGUUGAGACCGGUUCCAAGCAGCAUCACAUCCUGGUCCGCACUGCAACCGGCGUGAAGCUCAUCAAAGCCAACAAGCUGAUCGUGACUAUCCCGCCUACUCUCGCGAACCUAGAAGGUUUCGACCUGGACAGUCAUGAAGAAAGCAUCUUUGCCCAGUUCCAAUACAGCUUCUACUACACAACGGUCCUCAGUCUCCCGGGCAUCCCCAGCGACGUCCAGAUCGUAAACCGCGGCAUUGAUACAGAAUACAACGUCCCUGUUCUUCCUGGUGCAUAUGUGUUCUCCCCCUCUGCUCUGCCGGGGGUUUUCACGGGAUACUUCGGGGGCGGCGACCAGAACCUGACAGAGGGAGAAGUAGCGGAGCUUAUCCAGGGUAAUGCGCUCUCACUACAGAAUGCCGGGUAUGAUGUAGAAACUGUGGAGAUACUGGCUUACGGCAACCAUAGCCCGUUUGAGCUGUUCGCGCCUGCCGAGGCGAUUGCCAGCGGGUUCUAUCGGGAUUUGUAUGCGCUGCAGGGAUAUCGGGGGACCUGGUAUUCGGGGGCUGCAUUUGAGGCUCAUUCUUCGGCGGCGUUGUGGAAGUUCACUGAGACGUUGUUGGUUGAGAAGGUCUUGAGUGGUUGA